CGUAGGAAGCAGGGGGGAGUGACAGCGCUUAUUGUCGUUACACAAGUGGACAGCGCUAGUCAUGCUGAGAUACUGCAGUGCUGCACGAAGACCUUGAACGGACACAUUAUGGAUCAGGUGUACAUAUUUCCCAACGCCGGGAACAAUCAACAAAGAGCACUGGCCUCAAAAGUCGAAAAAGUAUUAUCCAACAAGCUACUACAUUACCCACAAUGCACCACGGCGCAGCUGUGACGUCAUCACAGAGUAGCGAGUUUCCAAGAUGGCGGCGUUGGGAAGGAGGCGCGGUGUCCCAGUCGACAGGGAGAGGGGAGUGAUGGCCUCCACAGACUGUUACAUUGUUCAUGAGAUCUACAAUGGGGAGAACGGCCAGGAGCAGUUUGAGUAUGAGCUGGAACAGGCACUGGAGGCCCAGUACAGGUACAUUGUGAUUGAGCCAACGCGCAUCGGGGACGAGACAGCGCGCUGGGUCACAGUGGGGAACUGCCUGCACAAAACCGCCGUUUUAUCGGGUGCUGCCUGUCUGCUGGCACCGCUCUCACUGCCCGCAGAGUGCUCACGCUACGUCGCACUGCCUGCGGGUGCUAUCAGCGCCGCCUGUGCCACCCUCUAUGCCAUAUCCUGGCAGUUUGACCCUUGUUGCAAGUAUCAAGUGGAGUAUGACAGUCACAAACUGACCCGCUUGCCGCUGCACACGCUGACCUCGUCCACGCCAGUGGUGCUGGUGCGCAAGGACGACAUCCACAGAAAGAGACUCCAUAACACAAUAGCACUGGCGGCACUGGCCUACUGCAUCAAGAAGAUCUAUGAACUGUAUGCUGUAUGAUUUAAAGCAAGAGAGAACAUCUGGGAGGGGCUAGAGCAGCCGAAAGCCAUCAGCAAGAAAAGCAACAAAACAGUGUUUUUCACUGAACCGUUCUGUGGAUUGGAAAUUCACUGGAACACAGUUCAACUACAGGGGCUGGUUGUUUUUCUCAGUGACAAAUAAAUAAGCAAAUAUUGACACCCACUCCCCUGUAACCACACAAUGAAAUAGCGAGUAGUGAGGUCAGCAUGCUGAGCGUAGUGAGAGGUGGUCCCACAGCAGCAUGCUAAGUAUUAACAGCCUGACUUUGUCCUCCUCAGUGGCUUCACUGUCCCCUUUGCAAUUGAGUGAAAGAGCAGCACCUCAUUAAAUAUUAGGAGCCUUGAAACUUACUUCACUUUUCUGUAUUUUUUAUAGCAAGUCCAUAUAUGUGAACUGGGUCCAUAUCCUGUUUUUCUAUAUAUAGUUUGGCACACAGUAAAGCUAUUUCAUAUAUUAGUAAAGGCUAUCUGCCUGUUUUUAAAGAAUGGGUUCAGAAACUAUGAGUUUGUGUGCUUCAGCCCGUCAGCAUCCCCAGAAAGUGAAGCUAAUUGAGCUUCUGCCGGUCUGCCCUCUGCUGUCCCAGCAUCCCUUGGGGCAUUGCUUUCAUGCGCAUGGGAAGUUGGUGCUCAAGAUGUGGCAACUCCAUCCACGCCGGUGGUGGGCCGCCGUCCUGGGUGUAGGACCUAGUGUGAGCUCCCAUGCGGUGUUUCAUCUGCUUCUUCAUUGUACACGGAAGGUGUUUAGCUUUCUAAAAAAAAUCUCAAUUCAUUGUCAACUUUUACUUUUAACUAUGUUAGUGUCACAUUUGGAAAUUCGCCAGCUCAUCCCAAAAUUUGUACGCACAACGAAACAAGUACAACCAUAAGCUCUAAUGUCCUUUGUAUAUACAGUGGAGUUACACAGGAAGGUCAGAUUUUUGCCUUUCUUCGAUCAGCUGGAGGAUCAAAUCUAAAAUAAAACUUUAAAAGUUAGAUUUACCUGUUUCAGCAGUAGUUGGUUCUUUUAAACAAAUCAGCAAAUCUGUCAUGCAUUUUGAUCCAUUUACCAUAUUUUUAGUAUUUGUGAUAUUCCUGAGGUCAAAGUUUUGGUCUUAAAGACUGUUCACAAUGUUUCCAUGGUUCUUGUCAGCAUGUUGGUAUUAAGUUUGAUCCCGGAUAGACUGCGUUGCAUUGCUGUGCUAUAUGAUGAGUCUCCAGGAAUGAAAGCUGUCUGGGCCGGGUUACUUCACUGGAGUGAAUCUUCACACUCAGAACUGAAGGAGCACCUGUUUGUGGACUUUUGCAGCAAAAUGCAAGACUACUGAAUGCAGAGAACUUACGACAGCUGCCUGUUGUUCAGGUUGCUUCAUGUAUGCUAGAUGUGCUGCGAUGUAUAUAUUUUAAAAAGGUGAAAGGCAAGCUGUUCCUCUUUCCGAAUAGAACCUAAAACACUGUAAUCCGCAGCAGAACCAGUUGUGCGUAACAGGGAGUAAGGAGUACCACUGCAAUGAGAAUGGGAGUUCUCAUACAUCUGAGGACAUCCAGGCAAACCCAGAUGCUUCAUUACAUCCACACUCUGUAUUUUUUGGCUGUUUUCUGGACAAUGUUUGAUUGAGUUUGUACGGUUAAAGCUGCAUUGGGUGGAAAUAUAGUUACUCUACUCCACUGUCGAAUCUGAAAUAUGUGCUGCCUAAACAUUAACAUUUAAUAGUGUAAUUACACAAGUAAAUAAACAUUCAGUACUUCA